CAAUUGGAGAACUGCUUGGAACGGACAAUUCAAGCUCUUACGGCCGGCGUCUAACUUGUGCUGGUGCAACUCGAGUGCAGUUUGCCCGGAAGCGCUGCUUGUCAGUCGCCUUUUGGUCUUGAUGCGUUGCUUUGUCGGCAGUUUCCGCCAUGGAACUCAACUCGUCGUCUAUCCACGACGUCAUCCACCCGACCGCCGCCUUCUCGCAGACCCGCUCUUCCCCCAGACAAGCCCCUGCCAGGGGUACCUCUUGGCUCCAGUCUCAGCUCAACCCGAAGAACCGAAUCGACAGCCUCGAUCCUCCGCUAAACCCGCUGUGGAGGAUUGAUGGUUGCACUGGUCUCGGCACUCAAUACUACGUCCUGCCGCUCUUCGUGGGGGACAUCCCGCCGAUGCGCUUCGAUGUAUUCAUACCCGAAGAGGCUGCUGCUGAUCCGCUUCUCCGUGAGCUGCUGGAUUUGAAUGCCGCCUUCCACACAAAGGAUGCCGCCGCUGUCCGCCGACUCGGCAUUUCCAGCCAUGUGCUGCGCACGCUGCAGGCAUGGACGGUAGAAAGAGGCGAACAUCAUGGGACCUCGGUAGCAGCCAUGUACACAAACCUGCCCUUUGGGUCGCGCAUCAUCUUUGAAAACCUGGACAUGGACAUCCGGAAAAUCAAAAUCACCAUUGCACCCACUUACUACGUGGAGAAGCAACUGCUGGCGCUAGCAAGGCUAGAAAAGAGCCUCGGCGUCGCCCCUGAGCUGCUCCCUGAGGCCAUUGAUAUAUCACGCUUAAGCAUUGUCCAGCAGCUGCACGACAGCGUGUGCGUGGUCCGCUUCCACACGAGCCCGGCAGCCAGCGUGGGCGGAAGCCGUAAGCAAGCGGACGGCAAGCUGUGGAUUCUCAAGGCUCUGACCAGCGGCACUAAGUACUUGUACGCCGAGUUGCGGAAUCUGCUGCGCAUGGAACCGCACCCCCAUGUCAUUUCACGGCCCGAAUAUCUGGUCACCAAGUACUGCCGGUUCGGCGGCAAGACGGCCGUGGUUGGAUUUAUUUUGCCGUACCACACCGGGGGAAGCCUUCGAGAUGCGCUGCCGCUGCUGCGAAUACAGGGCCGCCUCACGCUGCAGACGCGGCUGAAAUGGGCUACGCAGCUUAGCUCUGCCAUGCUGCACGUCCGCGAGAGCGGCCGCAUCUUCUACCCAGACCUGCGGUUGGACAACAUUGUCCUCACGGCCGCCGGCGACGCCAUCAUGGUGGAUUUUGAGCAGCGCGGCGUAUGGUGCGAGUUUGCCGCCCCCGAGGUCAACGCGCUCGAGUACGUCCGCAUCCUGGCGAGCGACGGCCCGAUUGACGGCGACGGCGACGGCGACGGCGAUACACAAGAGACUUGUAUUCCCCGUGAAGCACGCGAGCAUUUUGCCGCCAUCCUCCACCGGCUCCUCCCGGGCUGGGAAGCGCUGCAAGACGCCGAGGAGUACUCGCUGCCGCUCCCGCACGGCCACGCGAGCUACAACAUUCCCUGGCUGUGCCUGGACGAGACGGAACAGGAGGCGGCCGAGGUGUUCAUGCUCGGCCGGGUCCUGUGGUGCAUCUUUGAGGGCCAGAGCGCCCCGCAGCGCGCCGCCGUGUGGCAGUCGUACUGCCGCGAGCCGGACAUUGAGUUCCCAGAGUUCCGCAGCACGCCCCCCGCGCUCAGGUCGCUCAUUGAUCGCUGCACGCGGGGCAGGCGCCAGCCGCUGUCCAGCUUGGUCACGCGGCAGGGAAGCAAACUGGUUCUGCGGCGGCGGCAGCAGCAGCAGAAGCAUAGAGAAGGUGACGGAAGUCCAGAGGAGGUUGUCGAAGCGGCCAGGGCGUGGUGGAGGCGAGAGGUGGCUGUCGCGGAGGAAUAUCUGGAGAUGAGGGAGGAGAGGAAGAGGCGUGGGCAGUGGGUCGGAAAUUACUUUGGGCGGCCGACGCUCAAGGAAGUUUUGUGCGAGCUGGACCAGUUCGCCCAAGAAAUGGGCAACUCUGAUCUGGUUGGCAAGCACUGAGCCUGCAACUUUUCGAUGAUAUGGAGGGGUAAACAGGAGCCAUAUCGGAUGCGGAUAUUCCCCGGUUGCACUCGAGCUCGAUAUAUCGAUGAUCAUCUGCUUCAAAAUGCGGAAGAGGUAAAUCUUACUCACGGCUCGCAUCUUCCUGCUCCGAAACCAAGAGAAACUCAGAACCAUGGGAGAGACUGUCUGAGUGCCCGCUCCGAAAGGGUGUGCCCCUGUUUUUGGAUAGGUUAAUUAUUAUGCCUAUUAAGGUACCAAAGGGGUGGUACAGGACUCCGGUGAUGGUAUAAGGCUGGCGUCA